UCCCAGAGUUCCGCGGUGUAACCUCGCGCUUCUCACUUCCUGUUUGGGUGCCGCAGCUGGAGCAAAGAUGGCAGCUGACACAGGGAGGUACAGGAGUGCUGUUAGCAAAAACAAAGACCCCUCUGGUCUCCUCAUCUCGGUCAUAAGGACACUGUCCAGCAGCGACGAUGUGGAGGACAGGGAGACGGAGAAGGGGCGUCUGGAAGAGGCCUUUGAAACAUGUGACAGGGAUCUCGACGAGCUGAUUGUUCAGCAUUAUGCAGAGCUCACCACUGCCAUCAGGACCUACCAGAGCAUCACAGAGCGCAUCACCAGCUCCCGCAACAAGAUCAAACAGGUUAAGGAGAACCUCCUCUCCUGUAAGAUGCUUCUUCACUGCAAAAGGGACGAGCUGAGGAAGCUGUGGAUUGAAGGCAUUGAGCACAAGCAUGUCCUCCAGCUGCUGGAUGAAAUUGAAAGCAUCAAGCAGGUGCCUCAGCGGCUGGAGACCUACAUGGCGAGCAAACACUACCUUCGUGCCACAGAUAUGCUGGUGAGUAGACUGAUUGCCAGAGGAUUGGCUGUACAGAAGCAUUCUGUCUUGAUGUGUAUAUUAUUCCUGUUAGACAGAGAGGCAAACAGACAGAAAAAAAUAAAGAGCGUGACUAAGGAGUUGCAAAGAAACAGAUCAAAACACCCUGAAUCACUUGCUGUAAAGACACAAACAGUGCCUGUGUUGGAUGUCAGCAGUCUGUCCACCCCCCGCAAGCUUUUGGAUUCAUCACAGUACAGCACACCUGGAUCCAGCAGUGUGCGUGAGGACGGGCGAGAGCUGAACCAAGCUGACCUCCCUGAAGUGGAUCCAGAGGAGAACAGUGCUGAGUUUAUGGGAAUCCUCAUCAAGGCUCUGGCCAAGUUGAAGAAAAUCCCAGAGACUAUCAAAGCCAUAAUGGAGCGUCUGGAACCUGAACUGAAACAGAUCGUCAAGAGGUCCACCACUCAGAUAGCUGACCAUGCUUAUCAGAGAGGCGAAAUCCUGGCCCAGGAGUUCCAGCCGAGGCUGCUGCUGGAGCUGCUGGAGCUCUUGUUUGAUAAGUUCAAGGCAGUGGCUCAGGCGCACAGCGUGGUGCUGGCCCACUUGCAGCAGAUCGCGGUGCAGUGCCCGGGCAGAGCCCACGAAGAGGGGAUCAAGCUGUACGAGCAGGCAGACGUCUCUGCUAAGAUCCAGACGGUGCUGCAGGUUCUGCUGAUGGAAUAUCUUGAUGUGAAGAACAGCCGGAGUGCUACAGAGCCAUCGGCUCAGCUCUCCUAUGCCAGCACAGGCAGUGAGUUUGCUGCCUUUUUUUCGAAGAAAAAGCCACAGCGUGCCAAGCAGUCUCUUUUCAAGUUUGAAUCGUCUUCCCAUGCUAUCAGCAUGAGUGCCUACUUGAGAGAGCAGAGGCGAGAACUCUACAGCAAAAGUGGAGAAUUACAAGGUGGAGCUGAUGACAACUUGAUCGAAGGGGGAGAGAUGAAGUUUGUGUGUAAGCCAGGAGCGAGGAACAUCACUGUGAUCUUCCAGCCUCUUCUCAGAUUCAUUCAGGAGAUAGAGAUGAACAUGGGGCCAGGUCAGGCCAAGCAGUGCCAGCUUCGAGCUUUCCUCACCUACUACAUCAACGACCUCUUUCUCAACCAGGUGCGGACAGAGAUCAACAAGGACAUUGAGACAGUGAGCAAGACAGCCGACCCCUUAAAGAUCCUUGCCAGCGCUGAUACCAUGAAGGUUCUGGGCGUCCAGAGACCUCUGCUGCAGAGCACAGUGGUGGUUGAGAAGUCCAUCCAGGAUCUAAUGAGCCUAAUGCAGGACCUGAGUGCCUAUUCCAACCAGUUCCUGGAAAUGGUAUGCGACAAGCUGAAGGAGUACAAGGAAAUCUGCAACACAGCCUACAGGGGCGUCGUCCAGUGUGAGGAGAAACUGACCAUCAGUGCUUCCUGGUCUAAAGACGAGGACAUCAGUCGUCUGCUCAAGUCCCUCCCGAACUGGGCGAAUAUGGCCCAACCCAGACAGACCCGACAGAAAAGAGAGGAUGAAGAGGACUUUACCCGAGCUGCUUUUGCGAAGGAGUCAGAGGUGCUAACCGGUAACCUCGGAGACAAGUUAAUCCCCCAGAAUGAGAUCCUUCGUGACGUCAGUGACCUCAAGGCUCUGGCCAACCUUCACGAGAGCAUGGAGUGGCUGGCCGGUCGUCUCACGUCAUUCUUUGCCAGCCUGCCUCAUGCUUCCAGUGUGUCUCCUUGCUCUGCAGACAGUCAGGUGGUUGGUGAGAGUGAACGCAGCCGGGAGCAGAUUCUCCAGACCCUGACUGACUUGUCCAGGGGUUUUCAGGACAUUGCCGACCGCUGUCUCCUGGUGUUGCACCUGGAGGUCAGAGUGCACUGUUUCCAUUAUCUGAUCCCUCUCACCAAGCAAGGAAAUUAUGCCAUUGUGGCCAAUGUGGAGAGCAUGGAUUAUGACCCACUGGUGGUCAAACUGAACAAGGACAUCUCAGCCAUAGAGGAGGCCAUGGGGGCUGCCCUGCAGCAGCACAAGUUCCAGUACAUUUUUGAAGGUCUGGGUCACCUGAUCUCCUGUAUUCUAAUUAACGGGGCCCAGUACUUUAAGAGGAUCAGUGAGUCUGGCAUCAAGAAGAUGUGCAGGAACAUCUUUGUCCUCCAGCAGAACCUCACCAACAUCACCAUGUCCAGGGAGGCCGACCUCGACUUUGCCAGGCAGUACUAUGAGAUGCUGUACAACACCGCAGACGAGCUGCUGAACCUGGUGGUGGACCAGGGUGUCCGCUACACGGAGCUGGAGUACAUCAACGCCCUGACGUUGCUACACCGCAGCCAGACGGGCGUCGGGGACCUGAGCACCCAAAACACCCGGCUGCAGCGGCUGAAGGAGAUCAUCUGUGAGCAGGCGGCCAUCAAACAGGCCACCAAGGACAAGAAGAUCACCACAGUGUAAAGAGAAGAGCAGGUCAGGGCUCAGAGGGGCGAAGACUGAGAGAGAAUAACUUUACAUUUUUCAAAUAACCUGUGUUUUACAUGUUUCCUUCUUUGCUCAACUCCUUCUGAUCUGUUAAGCACGGAUAUGUGUAGAAUUCAAGUGGGUCAAGUGUGCAAGAGUAAGAAAUGAUGGAAAGAAGAUAUUUGAGAAGUGAGUUAGAAAACACUGACCGAGAUGUGCAUGAAAUCUGUUGAUCUUCUACAUUUCUUCUUGCAUCUUAAGACAUGAACUCCAGAGAAUGUCCGAACAGUUGGUAUCGGACUUUCUCUGGAGUUUCACACAUGAACGACGCAGCAGUAGAUUCUCCACUCAGAAAUCUCGUUCAGGAGAGGGGUGGCGCAGCGGGCAGAGGCUGCAGGAUGUAAUGUUUUUAUUCAGUUCGGCCCUUAUCACCAAAAUCUCUUUCGACAUCUUCGUUGGUGUCUUCUACAUGUGUAGCACUGCUUUUUCAUCCUGUGAGGUUCGUUUUCUUUUUGUAGGUUUAUUUCCUUAUUUCCCACUCGCUCUUUGGAUCAUCUGCUGUGUCCUCACAUUGACUCUUUAGGACGUUUUCCGUAGGAGUCUCUCUGACUCGGACAUUUACGUUCUCACACACAGCCCCUUUCAGAGAACGUCAGGAGAAUAUUCAGGGUUCAUGUCUGAAUGCAGCUUUAAUGUGAUGAGACACAUCGUAGUCGAGGGCUGACACAGAUACUUUUCCCCCAAACUCUGCAGAUUACAAUAUAUAUUAUAUAUGCAGCAGUGACUCGCCCUAAUUGGGAAGUGAGCUGACAACCAACUACAGACUUUCCAGGUCUAGCUACUUGUAUAUCUAUAUCAUAAGGUAACCUAUAUUGUCACGACUCCUAACAGUCCCCCCGCUCACCACGGCAAUGACUGCGGCUCCAGAAUGAAAAGGCGAUUGUCUUGGACACUCACCCCAAACUUAGGCCCGCUAUCUCAUCUCAUUUUCCUAUUAGAUCUAAACUGCUGCUCUCAAUUACACCUCUAUGUCUCCUCUCCUGGCAGCCCCACGGGCCCACUGAUUCUGUCUGCAAUAACAGAUGCCAGAUUAGACUGUCUGAAUGAGGCCACAUCUUCCGCCUGCUGCCAAUUUGGGUCGGUCCCCAAAGAAUUCCCGUAGCGGAGAAUUGUGUCGUAUAUACGGCUGUUAUAAAAAUCUGUCUUUUGUUUUUCUUACAGUUUGAAGGUGUUUGCUGAUAAAGAGUAACUCAGUAACUAAGAUUUCUUUUUGCUAAUGUCAGUUUCAUGCCUAAGAAAUAAUAUUUCAAGUCCAGCACACCACAAUUUCAUGAUUUCAUAUUAUUAUGAGUUUUCAUUUUAAGCAUUUAUACAUUUCUCAUUCUUUCCUCUUUCAUACAUUUUCCUCAUUACUAGCCCUAUAAACCAAAACAAGGCCCCUCGUGACUCUUUAUUUUGUCGUGCCCACCUCCUGCGCUUUAGUCUUUUAAAGUGAACUAAACAUAUAAACUCAAGAGACGAUCACACAUCAUUCCCCUCCCAGCGAACCCUCCCUGUUUUUACUUCAUUAACUUGAGAGAGAAGUACUUAACGAGAGCCGGAGAGGGAAAUGGGAGUGUUGUCAGUGCAGCUGGCCCAGCGCUGGUCUCCCCGAAGCCCACGGAGCAAUCCAUCAUAAUGACACAUCGGCUGGGAUCGAUGGGAGAACAACGGUGAAGCUGCUGAGGGGUUCGCCCACCACUCUGAAACGUACACGCUGUGUGGAAUCUAAAAUCUGCUGGUUCAGCUGUUCACUUCAGAGCUACUUUUGUAAUGUAAUACAUGAGAAACUUUAAUACAAUGUUAACAAAGUGUGUCGUGUCACUACUACCACACACAGAAGUCCAGAAGGCUUAUGUAUUGGGUAUACCGACUGCGUAUAAAGAUGGAUGACGCUCCUGCACUUCCUUCUGUUGCACAAAAAUGAAGUAAAAUAAUACCCUUGAUACAGGUGGCGCUAUUCUGUGGUUUGAUUCUGUUAGGAGACAAAAGUCCUGCAGAUACAUGCACUCGACCAAUCACGAGUCAGUCUCAGCUGUCAAUCAUUAUGUUUCACUAACUGAAACCAACUUCACCAGAAAAAUUAAACCUACUUCCUAAAAUGUAUUUCAUUUGUACUUUGACUUUUUACUUUGGGCCAUGUCCCAUCUACUAACAUGGAUAAUUUGGGGUUUAUGACCUUGACUGUAGCCAGCCACCAGGGGGCGAUCAAAAUGAUUCAGCCUGACUUUUUAAGGAGCUGUCGUAUCAUCCAUCUUUAUAUAAAGUCUUUGAGUAAACUCGAUGUACAAUGAAAGAAAACUGCUCCUGCUGUCCAAUGAGUAAAAUAUUUCAAAUGUAUAAAAGGUUCAAUUUCAUUUUUUUCUUUUCAGCUGACCUUUCGUUUGAACAUGUGCUCUUUGAUUAAUUCAAAUAAGAAUGUGUUAAAUUCUUGACGUGUAUUUUUCUGUCAGUCUUGAACAAGUCUAAGCAUCUGUCUUGUUCGUCUGUUGUCAUCUUUUAAAUGCUCUGAAAAUUGUGUCUACUCUAAAUCAAGCACGUGUGAUUUGCCAGUACAUACACUGAAAAAUAAACCAUCCAAUCCCCGUC